AGCCGCCAGCCAGGGGAGUGGUGGCCACAGCAGCAAAUGACAGCCAGUGCACAUGGCUGGGGACACCGGGAUGGCCAGGAAGCCCAGACCCUCAGCAUCACUGGUGCCCAGACCACCCAGCUCCUGGUGGAGCCCCCCUGGAGGCCGGCGGCGCUGUGGGACCGGGUGACACUGACCUGCCAGGGCUCGGGGACUGCCGGUGCCACCACCUGGUACAAGGACGGGCAGCGUUGGUGGCAGGAGGGACCUGACCGCCUCAGUGUCACUGAGAGUGGCACCUACACAUGUGACAGACCCGGCACUGGGCGCAGCCCCCCCUUGACAGUCUCAAAUGACCCACUGGUGCUGCAGGUGCCAGCGCGGGCACUGCUGGAGGGGGACACCUUGACACUGCGCUGCCGGUGCCGGCAGGACAACCAUCUCACCAGGGUGCAAUUUUACCGGGAGGAGAAGGAUCUCAGGAGGUCCCUCAAGGGGACUGAGCUGUCCCUUUCACCUCUGCAGCUGCACCACAGUGGCCACUACAGAUGUGAGGGCUUGGUGGGGUCCUGGCAGUCACGGUCAGCACCAGUGACAGUGACAGUGCAUGAGCUCUUCUCGGUGCCAAUGCUGGAGGGUCCCCAGGAGCUCACUGAGGGGUCCACCCUGAAUCUCAGCUGCCUCAGCACCCCCAGCCCCCUGCGGCCCCAAGCCCCACUCCUGCACAUGUUCUACCGGGACGGGCAGGUGGUGGGGGGCCCGCAGGGGUCCCCGCAGCUGCUGGUGCCUGCUGUGAAGGUCUCCCACUCGGGGAAUUAUGGCUGUGAUGUGCACUCCCAGUGGGGGUCCGUGCAGAAGAGCAGCAACCGGCUCCUUGUCACGGUGUGCAGGGUCCCGCCCUCAGGGGUGUCCCUGUCAGCGCAGCCCCCCGGGGGACAGGUUGCACUUGGGGACAGCCUGGUGCUGAGCUGUAAGGUGGCCAUAGGGACAGGUCCCCUGUCCUUCUCCUGGCACCGGGAGGGCUCACGGGCACUGCCAGGAACCGGCCCCCGCCUGGAGCUGCGCCAUGUUGGGGACAAUGACAGCGGCCAGUACUGGUGCUGGGUCAGUGACGGGAACAGCGUGGCCGAGAGUGACCCCCUGAAUGUCACCGUCCUGGUGCCCGUGGCCAAUGCCACCAUCACCCCUGGUCCCCUGUCACACCAGGUGCAUGCAGGUGACAACAUGACCCUGCGCUGCUCAGUGCAGGUGGGCUCAGCCCCUGUCACCUUCACCUGGCUGCACAACGGGCAGGAGGUGGCCCACGGUCCCCUCCUGGAGCUCAGGGACAUCGAUGUGGGACAUUCGGGCACCUACCAGUGCGUGGCCACCAACCAGCUGGGACAGGAUGGGCACCGCGUGUUCCGGGCACUCAGCCCUGAGCUGGCCUUGGAGGUGACACCUGGCUCACCCUCGGUCACAG